AUGAAAGAGGCUCGGUAUAUCGAGGUACCCGGUAUAAAGAGACACGGUAUAAAGAGACACGGUAUAAAGAGACAAGGUAUAAAGAGACACGGUAUAAAGAGGCACGGUAUAAAGAGACACGGUAUAAAGAGACAAGGUAUAAAGAGACAAGGUAUAAAGAGACACGGUAUAAUGAGACACGGUAUAAAGAGACACGGUAUAAAGAGACAAGGUAUAAAGAGACACGGUAUAAAGAGACACGGUAUAAAGAGACACGGUAUAAAGAGGCAAGGUAUGAAGAGACAAGGUAUAAAGAGACAAGGUAUAAAGAGACACGGUAUAAAGAGACACGGUAUAAAGAAGUUUUACGGUACCAACAAUAUUAUUAUGUUGGUAUUGUAG